AUGAUCGCUGCACUCUCCCCGGCUGACAUCAACUAUGCUGAAACCCUCUCUACCCUACGAUACGCCGACAGGGCAAAGCAAAUCAAAACGAAUGCCGUCGUCAACGACAAAUUACAGGAUAGCGUCGUCGAAGAAUUGAUGGCUGAAAACGAAAGACUGAGGAAACAACUGGAGGAAAUGAUGAAGACUUCAGAAGUUGCCUCAGCUCCCGGUAUGUCGUCUGAAGAAAGGGCAAGAAUACAGGAGGAGGUACGAAUGGAGAUUAUGGCACAACUGGAGAAUAACCAACAACGGCUGGAGAACCAGGAUCGGAAUGUGUUCAAGAAAAAGCUCGAGGAGGCUCGCAAAGAGGUCACCGUUAUAAAGAUGCCGGUUGAGGCGAGACAGAACAUAAAGGCGCGACCUCAAUGGCCCUUCCUGUCAAACCUAAAUGAAGAUCCUCAACUCUCCGGUGUUAUCAUUCAUUACUUAGAUGCAGACAAGAUUGUGGUGGGCCGUGAAGGCGCCCUAGAAAGUCAACGGCUACGGAAGACGGCAGCUAAUCAGGAAGGUAAAACGACGGCCUACAUUUGGCUGAAGGGUCUCAACAUUCAAGACGCCCACGCCACCUUUAAGCGACUUCCAGACGGCCGCAUGGAACUCUCUGCUGGCGCGAAUUCCAUUCGCAACACCAAGGUCAACGGAACCGCUCUCACCACCUCGCGGAUUCUCAAAUCCAUGGAUCGCAUUCUCUUUGGUUUGUUCACCUGUGCUGCAUUGAAGUCCAAGCGACUCAAACGCAUCGACAGAUGCACGAGCUCGAGUCGCGUUAUCGAAGUAGCCAUCUCAUAUUAUCCUGUUUUUAUUUUUUUAGGCUCCUAUCAUCUUUACGUGUAUCACAAUGAUGUUGAAAAGUGCGAGGGCGCUCCAGACAACGUUGACUGGGACUUCGCUCAGAAGGAGCUUGCGAAGAGCGAAGGGAUUGAUCAACUGAACAAGGCAAUAGAUGAAAGUGAUCGGUGUGUACUACAGCAACAACUGAUUGAGCUACUUCCCAUGCUGCAGGAGGUCAAUUCCAUCGCUCAGGAGAUGAAUAAGUGCCGAACUUUUGACGUUGUUCUUUUACCAGCACUGCUCCAGCAGACACCCUACGGCCAGCGCAAAACCACUAGGAUAACCAUUCGGAUGAAAUGCACGAAGACGGGAUACACGUGGAUGUGGGAUCGUGGAAAGUUUUUGAACCGACGUUUCCUCAUUCAGGAGAUGUAUCAAGCCUUUAACGACGGUGAAGGCAAGCACAAAUUGGUGAGGCAGGAAGAUGAUCCCUUUUGGGAGCCGCUGGAGCCCCUCCUCGUGGGAUUCACUCCCGCCUUUCUGCAAUCCCUGGCCUAUGGCCUCGAUUACACCGACUGUCUGCAGAUAAGUGACCUUGACGGUAAGCAGAUUGGAGAGGUGUCGGUGAGCCUUCACCCCUGCCUCCAGUCGGGCAGUGUGCCCACACCCGACAGUCCGGAAAACCUUUUCGUCGACAAUCCCCAAAAAUUGCUCGGAAGACCGUUCUACUUCAAGGUGGGUGUCACUGAAAUAAGCCUCCCUGGACUGUUAAAUGGAACUGGGGUAUCACUUCGCUACCGGGUGUAUAAGGAGAAGGUGGAGACAAUUGUGCGACUAGACGCCGGCGAGAGCGGCGACAAUGAUGGCAAGGUGACUCUCAGACACAGCCGUCAAAUCACCUUCAAAAAUGUCAGCACCGAGCAGCUGACCUACCUCGAAAAGGACUGCAUUGCCUUCCUCAUCUUCAUUGACCAAGGAGACACGAAAGCGCCUGAUCAGCUUAAGUUGGCGGAUGCAGAGGACGCCAUGCCACCGAUUCAUCGGGGUUCCAUCGCUGCCUUUCAGUCAACUGAUGGGCGAUUUCGAGACUCGCUGAGGCGCAUUUUGCAUGAGAAGGGGAUUUCAACUGCGGAUAGGCGCAUCGAUCAACUCAAAUGGAAAUCUAAAAUAGCCAUCGAUGACUACUCCGUGAUUAUAUCAUACCGUCGUCGGAGGUACAAUGCCGGAGCCCUAAGUGGCUUGUUACCGAAAGUGAGAGUUGAGCAUCGUCUUCGGUGCUCCCGCGUCAGCCAUCACAACGUAGCCGGUGGUGUAAAAAAAGCACCCACGAACUAA